UGGGUGUCUUUGGGACUGUUCAGCUGUCUGCGAUUUACUCACCAGUUUCUGCCAGACAGGCUGAGCCCUUUGUUGCACUGGAUAACCAUAUGAGCAUGAAACAUUUUAAAUUUUUGUUUCCAUGAGUUUUUCCUUCACUUUGUAGCUGAAGAUGGCAUCCAAAAAGCAAAGCAGAUCGAAUGAGGCACUGGUAACCACAAAGAUCAACAAACCUGUGCAAAAAGACAAAGAAAAUGAGCUCAGAGGAUGUGUUGGAGGCAAGCAGAACUUGAGCAGCGCUCCUAGGACUGCUGGCGGGAAGAGCAGCAAAGGAAGUGACUCGACAGCAACUGGGAGUAAAGCUGCUGGUAGAGGAGGCAGCGGCAGCCACCAGACAACCAGACCAACAUCAGAACCGGCAAAACCAGCUUUCCGCCUGCGGAGCAGCCGCAGUUUUUCCUCCCUGCAAGCCUCUUCUCUGACCGCCGCUCCGUUCAUGAGAAGCAGCCGCUCACUCAGCAGGCUUGAUGAACGAUCCACUGAAGAUUCAUAUUAUACCAGUGCAAGUUCACAAGUAGGAAAAGGACAAAGUACUGGGAAGAAAACGCUGGAUUCUGGGAGGCAGUCUUCUUCGGUGGAGAGAAUUAGCAGCUCCACUCAUCUGCAACCAUCCUCCUCCUCUGUGGUCUCGACUGCUAUAUGUCACCAUCAGACCACCAAAGAAAAGAAGCAGAUCAAAGAUGGGGUGUACACGCUGUGUGCAAUGACCGCUGGAAUGAAGCACAACUGGGUGCAAGCGGUUUUUAAAAAUGUGCAGCCCAAUCGUACACAAGAAGACCAAAGCUCGGUUGCAGAGAAUGAAGAAGAUGAGCUGGAGGACUGCAAAGAGUCACGUGAGCAAGAACCGACGUCUCAGCAGCAGCUAGAAGGGACGCAAAGCCCGGCCGAUUUAGACCCGUCAUCCCUUCGUCCCCCUGUCUCACCCUCUUCUUCACCUGCAAAUCCUCCACAGCGGGUGGAGGAGGCUGAAGAAGCCCAGUGCCGCCCUCCUGUGGAAACCAAUGAGACUGGUGAGUCACGUCACCAGCCCAGAU